UCAGAGAAAGGCCCUUUGCUUGGGAAAUGAGUGCGGUUCCGAUCUACCGGCGUUCCACAGCCUGAGACAACAACUGUAUGUUGUGUUUGUGAGCCAGGACAACAACAACAGACUUUCAGGGUUCCGCGACGAAGCUUUCAAGAUGACAGGUGUGGAAGCAGGAUUCACACAGAUUAUUUCCAAACAGGGAAAAUUGUAGUUCGCGAGAACCAAUUCAGCCAUUCCAUGACAUGCCGCUGGUCUUUCACUGCUCCCGUUCACGUGUCCAGCUUCUUGGUAACCUUCAGAGAUGUUCAAGUACGCUGCCCUAGGAGUAAAAUUUCAGUAUAUGAUGGGCCAAGUGAUACAGACUAUAAACAGACAUGGAAUAUCUGUGACAACCAGGAUUAUGCCUACUUGAUUCCCGGGCCAAGUAUGUUCAUCAAGUUUGAUAACAAGAGCAACAGAACAGGAUACAGCUCAUUUAAAAUUAACUACAGAGGGUACCUCAACACAGCUUGCAGCCUGAAAGGAGGUCAAGUUGUAGCAGAAACAAUAAAAGUGAAACGUGAGACAAAUAUAUUGAUGUCCCCAGGAUACCCUGAAAUGUACCCAGACCGAAUACAGUGCGUGUGGCAACUGCAAACAAGUUUAGAUGAGGAUGUUAUAAAGCUGGAAGUUAUUGACCUCAACCUUAAUCGCAAACCAUUAUGUUUUGACCAUGUCAGCUUAUACAAUGGGCAUGUGUCUGACUUGCUCAAGGACCCAGAGAUAGUUUGGUGUGGCGUGGAGAAGAAAGUUUUCUACAGCGAAGGUCAAAAUAUGACAAUUGUGUUUUUGACCAAUGAGGUUGGAAUUGGGACAGGUUUCAAGAUUAAAUACCAGGCGAUUGAUAAACACGACACAAUAACUGAUCAAGUUCAAACCAGUUCCAGCGCGAAUAUUUCAGUCACAGCAAUAAUAGGUUUCAUUGCUGGUGUCAUCGUCAUCAUCAUAAUCAUAGCUGUGGUAAUCAAAAUAGCCUCAAGGUCCAGAACCCAGUCUCCAGCUGUCCAGACAUCUGCUGGUCCACAUCCUCAGACACGGGACCAGGCUGCCCCUUUUCUCACGGCCACCUCACACCGCAGUACCACAGAUCCUAGUGCACCGCCACCAGCGUACCAGGAUGUAAACUUCCUGCCUGUCACAGACCCAACAGGGCCAUCUAUGCUACCUCCCAGUUAUGAAGAUGCUGUGUCAAAAGGAAUGAUAGAAAAAGACUCUGAAACUAGGUUUUGAGGAAUCAUGUCUGUACAUCAGUACAAUUUUACUUUUAAAGAGACGUUACCAGGGUAGGUGAUAAGUGACUCAUUCAAAGAAGGGGCAAUUCGGUUGCUUUUUUGUGUAUUUGUACAAGGCCACUCUCAGGAACGAUCACAUAAGUUGCCUCUUCUGACAAACAUGGGUUGCUGAAGACCAACUCUAACCCAGAUCAUCACAGGUCUAUGAAAGCCUGUAAACAUUGCAGUCUGGAACAGGCAAAGCCAAGUCAAUGCUGCCUAUAAGUGAGUGAGUUUAGUUUUACGCGCCACAUUCAGCAAUAUUCCAGCUAUAUGGUGGCGGUCUGUAAAUAAUUGAG